AAUCAAUUGUUUGUUUUUUAAAUUAAUGUGCUGUAUAACAAACUAAAAAAAAAAAAAAAGAACAUAAUAAAAAAUGUAAUUCACAAAACUAUAAGAUAUUAUAAAUUCCCCUGAUAUCCAGUCUUACUCUGAGAUAGAAAUCGACCUUUGGGGAAAUUAAGUUGGUUAGCAAGGUGCUUCUAGAAUAAGUUCUACUUUAGCUAAAUGCAACAAUCUCUGCAAUUUAAUUUUAAAUUUAAAUAGGAAUUAAAUAAACUCAUAAGGUAUUUUAGAGUUAGGUUCUGCUUUUGUAAAAUGUAAAAAUCUCUCAGCUUUAACUCUAUCUCUGACAGAUAAUUGUAUUGAGGGAAAGGGAGCAUUAAAUUUGGGUUCUUCUUUAACAAAAUGUAUUAAUCUUUCAACUUUAAAACUUAAUCUUAUCCAAAAUUAAAUUGGUGAUGAAGGUUGUUAAGCUUUAGGCUCCUCUUUGAAAAACUGCUCUAAGCUGUCCAAUUUAGUGCUUAUCUUGUGUAAUAAUAAAAUUAGUGUUCAGGGUGCUCAAGAGUUAGGCAUUGGAUUAUCAUAAUGCAGCAAGCUCUUGUAUUUGUCGCUUGAUCUUUAUAAUAAUAAAAUUGGUAACCCUGGCUCAAAAAUCUUAGGCUUUAAUUUAGCAAAGUGUAGCCAUAUUAAACAUUUUAUAAUCUACCUUUAAAACAAUUUGAUAUCAUAUGCAAAACAAUUGGAUUUCAAAAGUUAAAUUUGUAAAUAAAAGAGAUUAGUUACCAAAAAAAUAUAUUUCUGAUUAAUUUAGCUUUAAUUUUAUGUGCAAUUAUUUUUAUUAAGAAAUUUUAGUAAAUUAAUUUAUUUAAAUUGCAAUUUAAUAUUUGUAAAACUAUUUGUUUUUAUCCUUAAUUUAAUUAUACA